CAUGCGCGUACAAGUUUAAGGGGAAAUCACUCUUACGAAGUUGGUAAUCCGGAAAUAGAUGUAGCUACGGAGACGCCAUAAGCUGAGCAGGUGCGAGCUAGUAAACAACUUACAAGGGAUUGUUUUGGAGAAAGGGUAAAGAUAAGCGCUGACAAUGCCACGUCCUAGAUCAGCACAGUCGGUGGGGAGCGAUGGAGAGCUGGAGGGGCUUGCAGAGCAAGAGUUGGUUAAAUUGCAGAGACAAUACCGUAUCAUGGAGGGUGACAGGGCUGCAUACACAGAGGAAUCACAAAAUAUCAUCAGAAAACAAAAAGGAGAGAUCUCUCAUUUGGAAGGCGAGAAGCAAGAGCUGCUGAAGGAACUACGACUUGCUGAAAGCCGUAGUAAUCAGAUGAUGGACGAUGAUCAUACAGAAACGCUGAAUACCCUCGCUGAUGCUAAAGAUUACUACAGCACUGAUAUAGAUGAGGAGAAGAAAAAAGCAACAGAGCUUGAUGCUAAAAUCCGUGAGUGGGAGAGGAAGGUGAAACAACAGCAUCGCAACAUGGGUGGUGUCCACAUGAGCUCUCAGCACACUGUACAAACACAAAAAACUAUGAGAACUUUAGAGAAUAGACUGGAUCAGGCAAAGAAGAAGUUCAACUCAAUUUUGAUGGAGAACGCUCGAAUGCGAGAUGAGAUUGAGAGCUUACGUGUUGAGAGAACGAGAUUUGACAGCCUCUACAAAAAACUUGACAAGGAGCUCACAUCACUUAGGAGACAGAAGGGACAACUGAUUGAGGACUCCACACAUGCAUAUGAUGCUCGUGAUGAUGCCCAGCAAAAGAUGAUCAUACUGAAGGAGAAGGCAGAUAAGGAUCUACAACAACAUAAUGCUGAGAUGAAGGAACUGUUACGCGUCAUUGAUCAUGAUCGAGCUCUCCGAGGAUUCAUGGGAAUAAAAGGUCAAGAAAGGCAGGAAGACCCGCAGCUUGUUAUCUGGAGGCAGCGUAAAGAGGCCCUGGAGACUGAGCGUAAGAAGGAGAGCCAGGAAGACUCGGUGGAAACAUUUGAAAUGGCAUUUGAGAGAAUUAAAGAAAUGACUGGCUUGGAGGACCUCGAUGAACUUGUUAGAAGAUUUAUCGAGGUGGAGGACAAGAAUUUUGCACUUUUUAACUUUGUCAAUGAACAGAAUAAUGAGAUUGAAAUGUUGAAUGAUGAAAUACAAGAGAUAAGAAAUGAGAUAGACAAGUUCCAGUUACAAGGUAUCGAGCUAGAGGACCAGCGUAAGAGAAUAUUGAAAGAACUCGAAGAUAAACAAUCAAAUUCCUCUAAGGAAGCAGAUGAAUAUGAAAAGAAACACACAGAAAUCUCCAAAAUUAUUGACCAGUUACGAAGAGGUAUUGAGUCGCUGUUUAACAAGAUUAACUGUGACCGUUCAGCAAUUGACGAUAUGUUGGGUGCAGCGUCAGGUGUUACCGAUGGCAACAUGAUACAGUACCUCGGUAUCAUUGAACAAAGAACUAAUGAAUUACUCGCCAUACAGAACUAUGUCAGUUCAAAGGAUAUGGACAGAUAUGAAAAGGGAACCAGCUUGAUAGGGGAGGGCCCUGCGGCACCUGCACCUUCAUUCCCAAUUAUGCCACCUUCAGUCGGAGACGAGUACGAAAGCGACGGUUCCGAAGGUAGUGAGGACGAUGCCCGACCCUUGACCAGAAAUGAAUUACAGAGAAAAGUUAUGAAGACAGUAAAGAAACGUGAAUCUGCGGCACGGAAAGAAGGAUUCAGAUAUGAUCUUACGACAAACGUUAAAUCAAAGGGAAAGAAAGACAAAAAGUGAUCAUAUGACCCCUGGAAUUAAACAUUACAGUGUAUAUAUAUAAAUGACAAAAAUGACACCUGACAAAAGUGCAGUUUUAACGCUAACUUUGUAUACUGUGCGAACAUUUCAUUAUCAAAUACAGGUAGUUUCGAAGAUUUUCAUCAUGUAUUAAUAUAAUCUUGCAAUAUUGAUUAUGCCUAAAUAUAUUAAUUGUAUAAAUUAUAUUAACAGUAUUUAAGAUUUUGCACAAAAGGCUUGAAGUUCAAAUUUUUAAGUUAAACUUCAGUUGUUUUUUCGUCGUCUUUUGUUUUUGAUGUUCAAAUCAUAUUGUUUCAGUUUAUUUUUCAUAAUUGAUCAUUUUUUAAAUAUAGUUUAUCAGAUUUUAGAUAAUUUUUAUUUUAAUUUAAAUAAUAAUACAUUACCACCAAAACCAAAAAUAAACCAUUUGUAUUUAUUUUACAUUUUGGUAUAUAAUUCUACUUUUACAAGUUAAAAAUAUUUCCAUUUUGUUAAAAUUCUGUGAUAUUUGUUUUAGAAUUUAAGAAAUUCAAAUAAAAUAUUGGAAAACAA